CCCUUGGUCAUGCAGUUGUACCGAAAUUUAAUGAAGUUUAGGGCUCCGCUCCGGCUUUUGCGCUGGCGUUGCGCCCAUGCUGCGUAUCUUGAAACGGAAAUCGAUAAUCAGCACACGUGCGUAAAUACGAACACGUGUCUUGGCUGUCUAGAUAAAAGGAAGGGCCACCAUCAUCACCCACGACGACGACGACGACGACGACGACGACGGCGCGGCCCCCAACUCGCACCACGGACGACCCAUGCAAGGAGUUAAGUUACAGUGUGCGGCCAGGGGUUCAGCGGCCACAUGCACACGGUUUGUGAGAGAUGUGUUGUUGUGUGCGCCCGCCCGUCCCCUGCAUUUCCCACACGCGGUGCUUAAAAACUCUCCGAGUGAAGGUAGAGAGUGUGAGCAAGAGUGAGAGAGAGGGAGAGGAAGAAGGGCUUCGAAAAAAAGCCAAGGGAUUCCCACAGGCACGCUUGCAGCUGCACAAAUUUCGCACCGCUUCCAAACGUGGGAAUCGAAAGAAGCUGCUGCUGCUGCUGCCGAGCCCGGGACGGGAAAUGGCACAGCAGGAAACAAUGCAACGGAAAAAAAACACACGAAACCUAAGUGAAACCACCAAUGUGAUACGAGUUGUGGCAAUCACAGCCCUGUGUAAAGUAAUGGCCAAAUUAAAGGGGUUUUACGUGUGUUUUUUUGUUUUAUUGAAUGUUCUAAUGGUCACAGAAUUAGAUACGACGAAGGAAGACCCGAACCAAAUCACGUUACACUAUUUAUGUAAUGUGAACUAAUGUGGUUAGGGAUGAAAAUUUAAAAAUAAACGAACUGGGCGGCCCAUUGUAAAUAAUCUGCCCUCUUUCCACAAGCCCGGCUAGCUCAGUCGGUAGAGCAUGAGACUCUUAAUCUCAGGGUCGUGGGUUCGAGCCCCACGUUGGGCGCGCGUGAAGCAUCGUUUUUUGUUGAUCUAUGUUUUAAAAUUCUCUGCAGAGAAAACACACGUCUCUUGUAAAAGGUAAAUUUAUAGAUGAGAAAAGUAUGACGUUGAUUCCAUUCAUAUCUGAAUAUUGUUUCAACCUCUUUCGUUAAACGUCAUAUGAAACAGAUAAAAGACUAAAAACGCAUACGUGGAUGCAUCAUAUUUGUGUGUAACUAAGCAACCGUAACCAAAUUAGCCCGUUGCGCGGUACGCUCUGUCAUCAACUGAUUAAAUGGCCAAGUGAGCUAUGAAAUUCAGAAGAAAAAACAUCAGAGGAAAAAACACAACAAAAAAAAGAUCGAUCAUCUCUCGCAGGUUCCACCGAGAUUUGAACUCGGAUCGCAGGAUUCAGAGUCCUGAGUGCUAACCGUUACACCAUGGAACCCUCUUACCACUGCGCCGCUAACUAACAAACAUAAAACCUUCGGCGCCUGCUUGCGGCUGCUCAAACCACUUUUGAUCAAACUACGAUCCCGAUCUCCCCCACCUCAUUGCAUGACGACGUCGCGGCAGGUUAAGCCAGAGCUGCGCGCGUACCCGCUUCCUUCUAACGAUGUGAUGCUGCGAGUCACUUAGCGUGCGAUGAAUCGAAAACAAUCGAAACAAACGCAGAGGAAUGCAGCUGAACAAUAAUACACACACACGACCCCCAGAGUCAGUGGGCGCCUGCUCUCGUCUCGUUCAACGGAUUAGCAGCGCGCACAUCGUAAGGUGAGACAGACGUGUGUGUGUGUGUGUGUGUGUGUGUGUAGGCCAAAACAGGUCAGCGAGAUACUACAACUUGUUACAGCAGCCCCAUAUUGCUGUCCGUAAAACUGUUAACACUUCUUCUGACCUCGAAUCAUGUUUUGAUACCUCGAAAUUAUUUUACCCUUCUUAAAAUGCAUAUAGUUCACAAGCAAGUACAGAAAGUAUGAUUUUAAUUUCAGGUAAAACAUUUUCUCGUUAGCGUUGGCGGGUAUGGGACUUUUAAAAAAAAUCUUUUCUGCCCUUCAAAUCGGCAGGAAGCUACUUGAGCCAUACAUGGAUCAUAGCCAAGCCUAUCUUUCUUCGCUUCUACCCCGCCGGGGGCCGUCGACAGGCUUCCGCUGUGCAGCAUUAUUGCCCGCAACAUAAAUGCUUCCAUGGCACAAACUUCAUGCAGCGCACACGCACACACCCGUACGGCGGUGCGCGAGAGCAUACCCGAACACACCAACAUAACCUCGAACGGCAGAAGAGGGAAACGGCACGAUUGCUGCGUAACACAUACGUGCGUGCGCGAGAGAGAGAGAGAGCAGACUCACCAACGGGACUCGAGUCCGUACCCGCUGGAAACCAUCAUGCGUAGAUGCAGUUCUCCCAGUUCUCACUCUGGCCCGAGCCGUUUUACAGUUGUGUCUUCUCUGAUCUCUUCUCCGGAACGCACGCACGCACGCGAGCUUACCACGUCCAUCCGUCCGCCGCCGCCGUCGUCGUCGUUAUUCGAAUCGAUUUUUAACUCAGGGCGCAGCCAUCUUACGGUGGUGCCUGCAGCAGAGAAGAGUGUGCUCACGUCACCGUUCGAAAGUGCAAAAGUGUUUCGAGUUUUUAGUAGUAAAAGGUGGUGUGGUAGUGCCCAACGCUGCUCUCAUAGCGCUUUUGUAACAACAUCGUCAGCCCUAUUCAGCGCCAGCAGUAUAGUAGUGAGUGUUGUGAGGUGAAUUCGUUCGAGGCGAACAGUUUUGUGGCAGAAUAAAUAGUGUGGCACUGUGUGGAAAAUCACGAAUAUGAAGGCCAUCACGACCAUGUGUGCGAAGAAUGGUGGUGGCGCAUCGCUGCCGGCGAUUGCGACGGGUCGAGUGCAGCGCCACCGAGAUGGUGAAAACGACGAAAUCAAGCUGUAUCUGUCGAAGCUGCGGGAGCUGGUUCCGUUCAUGCCGAAAAACCGCAAACUGUCCAAGCUCGAGGUUAUCCAAAACGUUAUCGACUACAUCUGCGAGCUGCAAAAUGCACUCGAUUCGCAUCCCGCCGUCAACAGCUUCGACUCGUUGGCGGUACUCCAGCAGCAUCAGCAGCAGCAGCACCAGCAACAACAGCAAGUUGGAUACAUGGUGGAAUCAAUCGAUACUGUACCGGCGCAUCCAGCAGCAGCAUCCAGGCAACCACUGGCGACCAUCUUGAGCAGUGGGAGCAAUGUUUCCGCCUCUAAUAUUAACGCUAUUGGCGAGGGACUACAACAGCCUUGAUGGCAAACGGCAGCUGUCACUCGAUUGCCCGUGGUACAUCGCCAAGGGGUGAUUUGCGCUCUUGCAGGGCAGCGCUCCGCCGCACGAACCUGUUCCAAACUAUUGGCUUACAACAUCUGUGAUAUUCCGUCGAUACUGAGUCGCACGAGGAAGCCUCAACUGGCAGCAUCGAUGGGAGGACGUCGACUAAGCGCGGCUGAAGAUCCUUACUCUUUCUUUUCCUCGUCCUCGUCGAACUGAACAGGACUGAAACGAAAAGAGCGGUGUAGGAGCCCUUGGGAACCCUUCGGAAGUUGGUGGGACUUGUCCAAUUCAACACAACUUUCCAACGCCAACGGCUGUACCGCCAACCGGGGAAAGGUCGUCGGAUUCUUGCCAAGGUUCCAGGGACAGCCCUCGACUCCGGCCAGAGAUGAUCUCAGGAUGUAUCAGGAUGCUCCGGUGCCAGAGUGUUGUGCCGUGCUGUGCCCCGUACAGCGGCACCAUUUAUGGGGCCAGUCGGCCCACCAGCGCAGCAGAACGGAGUGAUCUGUACGUGUGUGUACGUGUGUGUGUAUGUGUGUGUGUGUGCGUGUGUCUGUGCGUGUGUUCACCGUUACAGCAGUGUUGCAACUGUCUCGGUGCCAUUGCAGCAGCAGAACUCCUCGUUUCGGAGCGCUAAUUUGGUUGAUGAAUGUAUAUUAAAAAUAAAUACCGUAAUUAACACUA